CCAUGUUACUCUUGGGUCGCUUAUAUGUAUGCAUAUAUAUAAUUAUGCGGACAAAUUAGCAAAGAAAAAGGGAAGAAGACAUCCAAGUAGCUGGGCUACGAAUGGCGUCUCCGGUGCUUCUUCUGCUUCUGUUCGCCUCGGCUUUGCAGAUGUGCUCGGCCGUGGACCCCGUGGGCACGUACUGCGCCAAGAACUUCACGGGCGUGCAGACGCAGGCGAGCAUCGGCCAGGUGCUCGCCUCCCUCGUCCCGCGCGCCUCGGCCGCCUACUACGCCACGGCCACCGCCGGCAGCGGCGGCUCCGCCGUCUGGGGCCUCGCGCAGUGCCGCGGCGACAUCCCGGCCCCCGACUGCGCGCUCUGCGUCGCCGCGGCCGCCGGCCACCUGGCCUCGGCGUGCCGGGGCCAGGCGGACGCGCGGGCCUGGUACGACUACUGCUUCCUGCGCUACAGCGACGCCGACUUCCGGGGCCUGCCGGACACCGGGUACGCGCUCAUCCUCAUCAACACCAUGAACGCCAGCGGCGACCCCUACGAGUUCGACCGCGCGGAGAGCGAGCUCAUGGCGCGGGUGGCGGCCGCGGCCGGCGGCGGGCUGGCCAGGGAGACGGCGAGGUUUGGAUCGGCGACCACCAUCUACGGGCUCGGGUGGUGCACCAGGGACAUCACCGCCGCCGACUGCGGGCUGUGCGUGGCGCAGGCCGUGGCGGAGCUGCCCAACUACUGCCGCUUCCGGCGCGGCUGCCGCGUGCUCUACAGCAGCUGCAUGGCGCGCUACGAGACCUACCCCUUCUUCUUCCCCGUCAGCGGCGCCGCCGCCGCUUCCUCCCACGACGGCGAGUACCAGAAAGUCAUCUUCAACCCCUAGUUAUGUGGCGAAUUAUGGUGGAAAAUGCAUGAACUUUCCAUGGUGUGCUGUGGCUUCCAGUAGCGCCCAUAAGUGCUAAGUGUUUGUUUGAAAAUUAAUUAUGCUCUGCUCAAUAAAAUCGACCGGCACUAUAUAUCUUGUUCCCGUUCGUUCACCCAAAUGUUUGCACCACUCCUAACUAGUAUAUAUCCGUUAGUGGCCUGAUUAUAUUGUAGUGUGUGGCUAAGUGGUUGUUA